CCUCAGUAAAUGGGCUUUUUCUCUGAGGAUGAGCCUUGUUUGUUCUUUUAGGUUUCCCUUUGGAUAAAGGUCACUAGUUUACUCACCACAAUUAAAAGGUUCUAACAUAAGCAAAGCAAAUAUUUAAGUGUUACUUGAAUGCAUUCUAGAAAACACCAUACUUGGAAGGCGGUGCCGCAGACCUUGGAGAUGAAAGGAGUAACAAAACAUGCUCUUAAUCAUCAUCCCCUUCCAGAGCAACUGGAUGAAAUUUCCUCUACUAAUGAUGGCCAUGAAAAAGACACAAGUUCCCAAAGUGAGUCUGACUUCACUCAAGAAUCACCUUUAACAUCAGGCAACACUGGGAAUUCAGGAUCUGCUUUUCCAAGUUAUAGUGGCACAGGGAUCUCUACAGAAGGCAGCUCAGACUUCUCCUGGGGAUAUGGUGAACUUGAUAAAAAUGCCGCUGAAAAAGUCCAGGCCAUGUUCACAGCCAUUGAUGAGCUCUUAUAUGAGCAAAAGUCAAGUGUGCAUACCAAGAGUCUACAAGAAGAGUGCCAGCAGUGGACAUCUAGCUUUCCUCACCUCAGGAUUCUGGGUAAACAGAUAAUUACUCCAAGUGAAGGUUAUGGAUUAUAUCCUAGAUCCCCACCUGCUAUUUCAGCUUCACAUGAAGCAGCCUUGUCUCAAGAAAGAGAUUCAGCAACAUCCCCUGGUUUGUGUGCUGUGGAAAGAGAAGAAGACUGUAUAAUCUUCUCAGAAGGAAUAGUUGAGGAAUACCUAGCUUUCGACAAUACAGAUAUGGAAGAGGGAUUUCAUGAAAAUAAAUCAGAAGCAGCUACAAAGAAACAGAAAUUAGGGUACCCUCCCAUUGAUCCAUUUUACUGCAUGAAAGAGGAAAUUCUUGCUUAUGUGUUUCACAAUGUGUGGAAACAAACUGUGAGCUGUUUGGAGCAAUUGACACGUAGUUACCGGGAAGGAUUUGCUUCUGAUGAUGAGAGUAAUGUUGUAGUCACCAGACCAGAUUCAGAAAGUCUCUAUGUGCUGAGUGAACCACAUACUUUGGUGUUACCUCGAGUGCCACAGUCCAAGAUGCUGUCUGUCACCUCGAAUCUGAUGAGUCUCUGUCAAGCAAGUGGUCAUCAGCCAAAUGCGAAUGAUCUCUUGAUUCAUGGGAUGCCUCUACAGCCAAGAAAUCUCUACCUAAUUGACAAGCUCCUAGAUCUUGAUGACAAGCUACUUAUGAGGCCUGGGUCCAGUACCAUGUUUUCAACCCGAAAUUGGCCAAACCGAGCCUUGGAGCUUAGUACAUCAUGUCUGUCUUAUAAAGUGCAGUCUGCCAGGAGACGUAAUCCCCCACCACGUACCCUUCCUCCAAUCAGCACAAGCCACUUACGCACUGGAACACCAAGACCUGUGGAAGAAAUCCCCAGAGGAUCACAAGUCCCUUUGGCAGUUGACUGGCUCUCCUCUGGCUCACCAAUACCCCUGAGGCGAAAUAAUCUGCUGCCACCUAUUGGCACAAGUGAAGUGGAACACCUGAGCCCUGUGGGGCCACAAAGGCAAAUGAAACCCCAUGGUGAUUCCAGUGGAGCCCAAAGUGCAGUGGUGGAUGAGCCUAAGCAUCAGCAGCCUCAAGAUAGGCUCCUUUUAUCUAACUUCUUCUCCAGGCCCAAUACAACUCAGUCAUUUAUGCCAGAAACACAGUAUCAUCAUUCACAUGCACUUGAGUACCCUCAUGGAGCCCCACCCAGUAGGGGAUCUGCAGGUCCUCAUUUGCAUGCCUCUACAAAAAUCUCAAAACAGAGGUGGCCAAUCUCUAAAACCAGGCAGGGACCAGAAGGCAAAUGAGAAGAACCUAUCAGGCUGCAGCAAACAUGUGGGAAGACUUCAAGAAUCAGUGUUGGACCAUCAAAUGAUGGAGAGCAUGUAUACAAGAUCAACUAGAAUCCAUCCAUUAAGUGUUACUUGAAUGCAUUCUAGAAAACACCAUACUUGGAAAAGAGAUAAAGCUCACAGCUCUGGGCUCAAAGGACUCAUAGUCUGCAUAGUCAAAUCUAUUAAUGUAUUUGUUCUUUUAUGGUAAUUUUCUAUCCUUUUAAAGAAAUAGAAUUCCAAGAUAAGGGAUGUGUGAGUUAAAGAGGUAGUAAGUGACUGCUAUUUCAAUUUUACUACUGAAAAGUUUUGAUCCCUUUGUUGAUAUCCUAAAACAUUAAUUUCUAUUUUCUCCUACUUUUCAUAGAUAGCUUUUUAUUCCAUUGGAAAAUGUGUGAGGUGAUUGAUUUUAUAGUCAGUUAUACUGUUUCCUUUAUCUCUCUAUUUGGAUACUUUAGAUCAUAUGACCUAUCUCAAAUAGGCGUUAAUAUUUGUUAGUGUUCUGUUUUUCAAAAUGACCUCUUAACUCUUAAAUUCUCAAAAUUUUUCAGAUUAUUUUGAUAGUGAUGUUGAUUUUUCAAUAAAACUACUUUUUUUAGACUUGUAAUAAGGCUAUGAAUUUACCUGAUAUUUGGUCAACACAUUGAAAUAAAGCUCAACCUUCCAUAAACCUUC